GCGGGAGGACAUAGUCAGACCAAGGUGAGGGAAACAGUACGAGCUGAAAAGAGAAGCUCAAGAAGGUCAUUUAGACCCAGCCAAUUGUCCGAACGUGACGCAUAAAUAUAAGAAGACUUCAGUUUUGCUUGACGUGAACCACGUAGCUCAGAAAUGUCGGAAGUUCUCCUUAGUAUCGAUUCUGUACAACAGAUGAUUAAGGACAGAAAACGUCUCAAAACGUCGGCCAGUCCUGAUCUUGAUGCAGAAAUCAAAAGUAAAUUAAAUGAGAUUCAGCUUAAGUUGAAAGAAUUGGAAAAGAAGCAGAAUGACAUGGAGAAUGAUCCCCAAAUACCGGAAUUUCAAUUGAAACAAAAGGAACAACAGUUAGUCCGUUAUCAGCAGCGGUUCUCUCGAGUAGAAGAAAUGUAUCGUGAAAUCAUUCAACGAAAGAACAUUGACAUUAUCGCCGGAGGAAGCAAUGUUCAAUCCAUCUCAAGUCAAGAUGAGGACAGAAGCAUGAACCAAAGUGGUAACACUUCCGCUGUCACUAGCAUAAGCAACACUUACGGAGCAACCAUGCCCGACAAUGAUUCAGCCAUUGAAUUAGGGACAUUCACUCCUAAUCACGCCGGUACCGCCGAUAGUAACGCUGCUCAGGAUAUUGAUGUGGAAGCUUUACACAACAUUCACACACAGAUGCUUUUGGAGCAAGAGGAAUCGCUCGUUGGGUUGGAGCAGUCGGUGCAAAAUCAGCGCACACUUGGUUUGCAGAUGAAUUCAGAACUUGAUGAACACAACACAUUGCUCAAUUCGCUUUCAGGUUCAGUGGAUGAUACAGGAAACAGAUUGCGACGUGCCCGUGGACGUUUGCAACGUGUAACAAAGAAAGCCGAACAGUACCCACACUGUUUCAUCAUUUUCCUCCUUCUACUGGUGCUGUUUUUGGUGAUAAGUGUUUGAGGCAUGUUCUUGUUUUGUCUCGUUUCUUUGCGUGCACUCUAAUCCCAGCAUACUCUUUCGGCGAUAGGACAAGUUGCGAGUGUACACAUGCAAGUUUAACAUACAUAACGCACAAUAGUCCUUGUGCGUGUCGUAAGAUGGUUUGGACAGUUUGUCUUUUAUGACAUUUAAUGAUUGAGUUUCAUAAUGAUUUAAUAAAACACCUGAAUUAAAUUCGCAAAUGGGAACA